AUAAAAUUAAACAAUAUGGCUGGUAGUAUGAAGUUGAAAAGAACAUCGUAUUUUCUGAAUGCUGUGCUUCUGUUCGUUUCUAUGAUAUACGGAGCUGGUGGUCUAAGGACCAUUGAACUCCGGAUCACACCUCGAGUCGUGCAGCGCGGCAAGAACGUCACAAUGGCCUGCAUGUACCAACUCCACGACUACGGUAUAUACUCCGUCAAGUGGUACAAGGGAGCACAGGAGUUCUACAGAUAUUCCCCACUGGAAUCACCCACAACUAGGCUGCUACCCGUGACAGGGGUUAAAGUUGAUAGGAUAAGUUCCAAUGAAACACACGUAGUCCUGGUGAGGGUAGGCCCCUCCCUCAGCGGCAACUAUACCUGCGAGGUAAUACAGAACGCCCCCACCUACCCACACUUCGUAGCUACUUCAAGACUGGACGUCGUUGGCGCAGGUGGUCUCCGAGCGAUCGAGCUCCGAAUAUCUCCACCAGUGGUACAGCGAGGAUCCGACGCAAUUCUCGCCUGCCUCUACGAGCUUACAGAUGCGCCUCUGUACUCUGUCAAAUGGUAUAGAGGCCGCCAUGAGUUCUAUCGCUAUUCACCUACUGAGACUCCAGCGACUAAAAUAUUUCCUUUCGCGGGAAUCAACGUAGAUCUGGCCAGAUCGAACCAGAGCCAAGUGGUCCUUACGAGGGUCAGCUUCGGCCUCUCUGGAAACUUCAGCUGCGAGGUAACAGCUGAUGCCCCUUCGUUUGCCACGUCCAUUGUGUCUAGUGUUAUGGAAGUUGUUGUGCUUCCACCGUCAUCACCGUCAAUACAGACAAACCAGCUCUACUAUAGACCAGGAGAUUUGCUCCAAGCCAACUGUACAAGCGGCCCCAGCAGACCAGCGGCUGAACUCGCGUUGUUCAUCAACGAUAUGCCUGUAACACCAGGUCUGUACCAGCAACAUCCAGCUCCCGAAGGGUUAUUCCGCUCCAAAUUAUACGUCGAAGUUCAGCUGUGGCCAGCGAAUUACGAUCGAGGUGCCCCCAUAUUGCGCUGUGAAGCAAAAAUCGGCGACCUCUAUAAGGAUGACUCGACUGUCGCCUUGUACACAGCUAAUAGUGAUCCCAAAAUUGAAAGAGUGACCUUCCCGAGAUCAGCAGCGGAAUAUCUUCGUACGUGCCAAAUUCUCCUACUGCUCCAUAUUAUCGCUAUAUGGAUAAACAAUACAUAGAUUUAGUAAAUAAAAAUGUGGCUUAAAGUCUUUUAUUAACUGUAAGCCAUUUCAAACAAUAAAUGUUGACUAUCGAAACACAAUUCUUUCAUCUCGAAAUAUCAAAAAGCAUAAACGAAUCGAAGUUUUAGGUUUUUAUGAU